AUGAAUGCGACUUUUGUAGUAUCGGACGUAAAAGAAUUAGACGUCAACAACCCUAAAAGCCUAAAAAAAGUCCAGGAAGAGAUAGACCAAAAUACUGGCAGAGAAAGGGCAGUAAAAGAAUUAGACGUCGACAACCUGGUCUAUCACCAAGCCGUUAUCAAAGAAACUCUCCGUUUAUACUCUUCCGGACCAACCUUACUGCCCCAUGCAUCGACAGAAGAUUGCUUCACAGCCGGCUACCACAUCCCAGAAAAGACUCGCGUCCUCGUCAACAUUUGGAAGAUUCAUCGACACCCAAAGGUCUGGCCCGAUCCAAAUGAGUUUCGAUCGGAACGAUUUUUCACAACAUACAGCGACAUUGAUGUUAAAGGUCAGAAUUUUGAACUGAUACCAUUUGGCAGUGGAAGAAGAACGUUUGCCGGAAUAGUGCUUGCCCUCAGGAUUAUGCCAUUGAUCCUCGCUUCUUUGCUUCAUGGAUUUGAAAUCGCAACUCCGACGGGUGAGCCAGUUGACAUGCGUGAGUCAAUGGAAUUUACCAACCAUAGAACCUCCCAACUUGAAGUCCUUCUCACUCCGCGCCUUCCUGCUCAAGUAUAUGUAAAUAAGGCAACUUUGCUAUUAUUUAGGGCACAGGUUACAUACAAGUGA